AUGGAACAAGAUGUUAUAAAUUUGAAAAACCAUACUACUCAAUAUAAAGUACUGAAAGAUGAAGAGAUAAAACAAAAAGCCCUGAAGACAUAUAUGGAUAGCGAUGAGUAUAAAAAAGAAGUUGAAGCAAAUGUAAAGGCAGAAAAACUUUUACAGUUGCAAAACCAAACCGUACAGUAUGAAAACUUAGCACAAGAAAGUAAAAAUAACGACGCAGCCAUGCAAAAGGCAAUGAAAAGUGCAGAAUAUAUAAAAGCUAAUAAUGACUGGUUAGAUGCCCAAGCCAACGCUAAAGCAGCCCAACUUAUAGGGUCAAUAAGGACAAAAAUACAAGCGGAUGAAGACAGUUCAAAUGAAGCUUUAAUGAAUGCUGACUUUAAGAAUGCCUUCGAAGCUCUUCAUAGUAAGGUGAAACUAGUGAACGACUUCUCAUCUGGAAAGAAACUGAAGUCUGAAGGUUUCGACAACGAGUUAAGAGAAGUAGCACAAAAUAUGACGAAAAUAACAGAUGCAGCAACGAGACAGGCAGUUCAAAGUGCCUAUGACGCCGUUAGAGCAACUGUUGUGGAAAGUCAAGAAAAAGAGUUACAACAGACCAAAACAGACCUAGUAAAUGCUUUCUUAAGAACGAAAAGUCAGGUAGGACAUUAUGCUGCAGAUGGAACAUAUGUGCCAGCUGGUGGAACUUAUAUACCACCAAACCCUCCAAGAGAAGCACCUGCACCAGGACUACCUAAAACAUUUACAUCGUCACAUGGACACAGACACAGGCAUGCACCAAAACCAACACAACAACCAACAGUUCAAAACCCUGCACAACAACCAACAGUUCAAAAUCCAGCACCACAACCAAAACCAGCACCACAACCACCUCCACAACCAGCACAACAACCAACAGUUCAAAACCCUGCACAACAACAACCACAAACAGAGCAAGGACAUAAAAGAAGUAGAGAAAAAAGAAACCAAGAAUUCUUAAAAAUGCUUAAGGAAGAUUAUGGUUACCCAGAUACUCUUGACUUUAGUGACAGAUAUAAAGAAGCUAUUAGAAAGUUCAAGGAAGGAAAUACUGACCCGAACCGAUUUAGCUUUAUGGUUCAGCAUCAAAUGGGAUAUAAUCUCAAACCUGGAAAAUACAAGCUCGCUAAGGGAUAUGAUUUAAUACCAUAUCAUCCAAAUGACAUGAAUGAAUUUACUCCGAGAUAUUUGGUGUCAGAGCUAAAUGAUAAUUCAACUCUCUUCAUGAAACGCGUAAAAAAUAGAGACGGAACGAAAGAAGAAAGGUUUAUGAGUCCGGAUGACUUAGAUAGGGAACUUGUUAAAAAUGGUCUCGGAAUAUAUGAAAUGCCACCAGAUGAGGUACAAGAAACUCCACAGGAAGAAGUUCAGAUACAACCAGACAUGGAAGAAAUAGUUCAGCAACAACAGCUAGAAGAGCCUGAAGGAAACGAACAAGUCCCUCCUUUGGAAACUAACUUCACAGAACUAGAUGAAGAUUUGGAACAGCCGAAAAAUCUUGACCCUCAACAAGAGUAUGAGGUGAAUAUGGAAUCUUUCCAAGAGUCUAAGAAAAAUUCGGCUGACAUAGUAGAAGAAUAUCGAAAAAUGUUCGCCGACAUACAAAAGACUCCAACAUCAGAUGAAAAUAUUCAGCAUAGAAUGGAA